UCUGUUUCUGAAAUUAGUUACAACCUCAGAAAAACAACAACCUCAUACACAAACCAAACUGCAUUGUUCUCAGAGGUUUCUUCAUUUUCAUCCUUCACUACUCUUGAAGCUGAAAGUAGUGAAAGGAAGAAACUUUCCCUGCUCUUGAGAUGUCUGGUGUUCUUGUUUGGGUGAGUUGUGGACCCAAAGAGAACAUCAACUCCUUGGUGGGCUUUGCAGGAAGGAGUAGCAGUGGUGAAAGAAACCAGAGAAGGUUUUCAGGACUGAGCUUUGCGAGUGGGGUUUCUGCUUUUUCCACUGCAGUGGCUGGUGACCCUUCAAGAUCCUCAGAGGAGAGGGUCUAUGAUGUGGUGCUGAAGCAAGCAGCUCUAGUGAAAGAGAACAAAAGGGGUUCAAACAUUGGUGUAGAUUUUGAGAAAGAGGUUGGAGCUGAUUUCACCAAUGGGGAUCUGUUGAAUGUGGCUUAUGAUCGGUGUGGUGAAGUGUGUUCUGAGUAUGCCAAGACAUUUUACUUAGGCACACAGUUGAUGACUUCAGAGCGACGAAAAGCCAUUUGGGCAAUUUAUGUGUGGUGCAGAAGAACUGAUGAACUUGUUGAUGGACCAAACUCUUCACACAUCACCCCUGGUGCCUUGGAUAGAUGGGAGCAACGAUUAACCGAUGUUUUUGAAGGUCGACCCUAUGAUAUGUACGAUGCUGCUCUCUCACAUACUGUCUCAAAGUACCCAGUUGAUAUUCAGCCCUUUAAGGACAUGGUAGAAGGAAUGAGGAUGGACCUUAGGAAAUCAAGAUACGAAAACUUUGAUGAACUGUACCUUUACUGCUACUAUGUUGCUGGAACAGUAGGCCUUAUGAGUGUGCCAGUAAUGGGGAUAGCACCAGACUCAAAGGCUUCAACAGAGUGCAUUUAUAAUGCUGCAUUGGCUCUAGGCAUUGCAAAUCAACUUACCAACAUACUCAGAGAUGUGGGAGAAGAUGCGAGAAGAGGGAGAGUGUAUCUGCCACAAGAUGAAUUGGCAAAAGCUGGACUUUCAGAUGAUGACAUUUUCCGAGGUAAAGUUACAGAGAAAUGGAGGAAAUUCAUGAAGGGACAGAUAAAGAGGGCAAGGAUGUUUUUUGAUGAGGCUGAGAAAGGAGUUGCAGAACUAAACUCUGCUAGCAGGUGGCCAGUGUGGGCAUCACUGUUGUUGUAUAGGCAAAUAUUAGAUUCUAUUGAAGCCAAUGACUAUAAUAACUUCACAAAAAGGGCUUAUGUAGGAAAAGCCAAGAAGCUCUUGUCACUUCCUCUUGCCUAUGGUCUUUCAUUUCUAGGCCCUUAGAACUUAACCAAAAUGGUUAAGACAAAAUAAACUGUGAUACCUAGUUAGAAUUGUAUACAUCUGAAGUUCAUUCAACAACAAUGGCAAUCCAUUCAUUUAAUCAAAUCCAUAUCAUAAAUAUCA